AUGUAUUCGUGGUAUUCAAUUGAGCACAUUGCGUCUAGGUUGAAUAAAAAAGAUAAAAAAAGAGGUUAUUUUUGUAAUUACAAAGGCCCCAAUGUGCAAUGUUGGUGUGAUGAAAACCAAUAUUCUCUCAGUGAUGAAUGUAUCAUCUGUUACCUUGACUUGAAAUUGUGGGUAAACAUAAAAUCUUACCCAGUAGAAGAAGUAGCCAAGAGUUAUUGGCCUACGCCGGACAAAGAUGAUGAAUUUGAUGGAGAAUUCAAUCCUCACUUCCAUGGAAUCUAUCUCUUAAGUGACUAUAACUCGGAUGAAGACAUUAAAUUAGUUUUCCCUGAAAUAGAACCUGACAAUACCGGAAGUAGAAAUAACUUAGAGUUAGCCACAAUACCUUGGUGUAAACAACCACCAACCUAA